GGGCGGGGCCGGGGCGGGGCCGCUGUCUCCGGCCGGGCCGGGCGAGGCGCCAUGGCUGAGGCGGGCCUGGGGGCGCUGGAGCGAUGGCUCCAUAAAGCCACGGACCCAAGCAUCCCUGAAGAAAACUGGGAAUGUAUCCAGCGGUUCUGUGACCAGGUGAAUGCAGACCUGGAAGGCCCGUCCAUUGCACCCAGGCUGCUAGCACAUAAGAUACAGUCGCCUCAGGAGAUGGAAGCUCUUCAUGCCUUAACAGUGCUGGAGACAUGUGUGAAUAACUGUGGUGAAAGGUUUCACUACGAAGUGGCAAAAUUCAGAUUUCUGAAUGAACUGAUAAAAGUGCUGUCCCCGAAGUAUCUUGGAACCUGGUCUACAGAAAAGGUCAAAUCGAGAGUUAUAGAAAUAAUGUUCAGUUGGACGGUGUGGUUUCCUCAGGAAGUUAAAAUCCGGGAUGCUUAUCAGAUGCUGAAGAAACAAGGAGUCAUAAAACAAGACCCCAAACUCCUAGAAGACAAAAUUUUACCACCUCCUUCUCCGAGACCUAAGAAUUCUAUUUUUGAUGUUGAUGAAGAGAAAUCCAAGCUCUUAGCAAGACUUCUAAAGAGCAACCACCCUGAGGACCUGCAGGCAGCCAACAGGCUGAUCAAGAGCAUGAUUAAAGAGGAACAAGAAAAAUCUGCCAAAGUGUCCAAAAGACUGAAUGCAAUUGAUGAGGUUCACAGCAGCGUUAAGCUACUGGGUGAAAUGCUGACCAGCUACAAAAGGCAGGAGUUAUCCAAAUCUGACCUAGAGAUUCUGCAGAGCCUGUUUGAACGCUGUGAGAAGCUCAGGCCACUGCUCUUCCGCCUUGCCAGCGAGACUACCGACGACGAUGAGGCUUUGGCGGAGAUUCUCCAGGCCAACGACAAACUCACCCAGGCGCUCGGCUUGUACAGGCAGGUUGUAGUGGGCCAUGACCAGGGCAGGAGGAGUUCGGUGACCAGCUCCACUGAUGCCUCAGCACCUCAGUCCCCGCUGGGCGGUACGAAGAGCUACACACUGAUCGACUUCUCUGAGCUGGGUUCCAUGUUCAAGUUUCUCCCAGAGCAGGGCGUGAACACGACAGCCGCGGCUCAGCACAGCAGCACCUCCGCCUGCCUGCUCGACGAGGAGCUAAUGUCAUUAGGUCUCAAUGAUUCCCCUGUUGGACAGAGACCGUCACCUGAUUUCAGCUCCGUACAGAGUGCUGGGCACAAUGGAUAUAAUCAAACUGGAAAUGCCGAUACCCAUCAAACCGUGGUGCUGGGGGACAGCUGGCAGGGUGGCUCGCCAGAGAGAAAUGCGCUUCAGGAUUUGGCAGGGCAGCUGUCUCCACCUCCUGUGACCAGGCCAUUUCCAACGAACUUACCACCAGUGCAAUUGUCCGCGGCAGGCCUUCCGGGCAGUUUAGCUGCAGACGCUUUGUUCUCUGACCCAGCCUAUGAGCUGAAACCUGCUGCUCCUUCGCAGCCAGCCUCCAAUGAUGCUGCUUUGGCAAACGUUUUUGUCCCGCUCAUUUCAAUUACACCGAGCAGUAUCCCUCCAGUUACAGUGUAUGAUCAAGAUGGUUUUAAGGUCAUGAUCCAUUUCUCCAGAGACCUAGCCCCCGGGCGACCAGAUGUACUGGUGAUGGUGCUCUCCAUGCUCAGCACAUCCACUCAGCCAAUUAAGGACAUUGUGUUCCAGGCCGCGGUCCCAAAGGUUAUGAGAGUAAAGUUGCAGCCGGCGUCUGGUUCUGAGCUUCCUGCCUUCAGCCCUUUGCUCCCUCCAGCCGUGAUAUCCCAGGUUCUGCUGCUCGCCAACCCACACAAAGAGCCCAUCCGACUGCGGUACAAGCUAAUGUUCAGGCAGGGCGAGCGGCCCUUCAGCGAAGUGGGGGAGGUGACUGGCUUCCCGGAGGCCGAGCUGUGGCGCGGGAGCUGAACUGCUGCUUUGAUGGAACGUGGACAUUGCUGCAUCGCCUUAGCACAGCCCUGGGGGGAGCCACCUGGGAGGGGCAGGGGGAGGCGCCCGGCACCCAGAAAGCCGGGGUGGGCUCCAUGCUGGCUGCUCUCCCCGGGGCCCAGUCUCCCACUCCUGCUCCGGUUUUCCUUGCGGGUAUCUGGUAGGAGGGAGUGCAAACCAGCUGCUCCUGCUCUUGGCCUUACUGCAGCAUUCAUCCCUCCGGUGGCUGGAUGCUCCUUUUCUACCAGCAUUUCUGCUUCCUUCUGCUUGUUGAGCCAUUUCGCCCGCUGGCCUCUUCGAAAACAAUUCUCCGAUUCAGGCCCUGUUUGCUCCCAGGGCGGAGCAGCUUUUGAUGCUGGUGUCCGCAGUGUCUGGGGAUCGGUGCUGUGACCUCGCAGUGAUGGGUGUGGUGUGAGCACCUGGGAAUAGAACGGAACGACUGUGGCUUGAAACAGGGCCGGAUCCAUAAACCAAACCUGUUGGGUAUUGCCACAGCCUCAGCACUGCAAGGGCCUGGGUCCUCGCCCUUUCCCCUGGGAUCCUCGGUGCCUUCUCAGCCUCAUUGUGAUUCCUGAGGCAGCCUCCUCGCUGGGCAGCAUCCCAGCAGGCAGGGCCCCAUGCAGCAUGGGGGUUUGUGUCUAUGCAAAGCUUAAGUUUCCUUCCUGGUCACUCAAAACUUAAGGGGAAAAAUGUAUAAAGAAUUUCACUGCUGCACAAGUGGAAACAUGGAUCAAGUACUAAGGCAUCUGAGCUGCUCCACGGGGAGCGCUUGUCUGGAGAAAUCACUUUGUACAUCCGUGUCUAGAUAAACCUCUGCUUAGGCCAGCUCUCCCCUUGUCCUCUGUGCCGGGAAGCAGGGGAGAAAGGACCCCCUGUGCUGUUAUUAGUGGAACGUGCCCAGCCAGCCAGUCCAGCGUCCUGUGCGUCAGGUUUUAUAAGGUGCUGAACUUGCACAUUUUUUAAUCAAAGUAUUUUUGACUCCUGGUUGUCAUUGUUGCUGCUGGUGACUGAAAUGCCAUAGCGUUAGUUAUCCCCAGCUCGGUGGAGUUUGGUCACACAGGGGCGCUGUUUGAGCUUUUUAUUACUUUACAGAGCACUGGAUUCCCAGGUACAAUCAUAAUAAACAGCAUUUGCUUUGACAGGU